CAACCUCCAAUUCAACUUCUUCAAAGCACCUGCUGCGUGGCUUAUCCUGACCGCCGCGAACGAUAUCGUUAUCGUUGUCGGGACGUACUACUGUCUGCUCAAAGCCCGCGCGCCGGGCUUCUCGCGCGCUACGGAAAACAUGCUCUCGCGCGUCAUGAAAGUAACCACCAUCACUGGCCUUGUCUGUGCAGUCCUGGCAUUGUCGGAUCUGACCAUCUUUGCCGUGUUUCCCCAGGCGAGCUUCCAUUUGGGCCUCUGCAUGGGUUUGUCCAAAGUGUACUCGAAUAGCAUCCUGGUUAUUCUGAAUUCGCGCGCUCGAAUCUCGCUCCGUCGUGACGAGGCACCAAGUG